UGUCCGAAAAAGGCGGGGCAGAGUAGAAACUGGUGUAACAAAGAGGCCUUUGAAAACGCAGCCAUACUCGCAACUCCAGACACACCACAAGCUCUCCUCUCCUCUCCCUCAAAUUCCCUUUCCAAAUCUCUUCUUCUUCUUCUUCUUCUUCUUCUUCUUCAAUCCCUAUCCUUCCCAACCAACAACACCUCUCUCUAACAAUGGCGAUCUCAGACAAGUCUCCCUACUCCCUCAUUCCUAGCUUCCUCUACUCUUCUCCGGCAUCGUCCUCAAUGAAUCUCUUCCAUUUGGAACAUUUCGUUUCGAAUCGAAACCCCGACUUGCAUUCUUCGAUGAAGAAGAAGAAGAGCUUCGUGAUUCCGGCUCCCAGCGAGCCAGGUAAGAUCGACAUGUACUCGCCUGCUUUUUACGCCGCCUGCACCGCCGGAGGUAUCCUUAGCUGUGGCCUUACUCACACCUCCGUCACUCCUCUCGAUCUCGUCAAGUGCAACAUGCAGAUUGAUCCCACAAAAUACAAGAGCAUUGGAUCUGGUUUUGGAAUUUUGCUCAAGGAGCAGGGAAUUAAAGGUUUCUUCAGGGGUUGGGUACCAACCUUGCUUGGCUAUAGUGCACAGGGUGCUUGCAAGUUUGGAUUCUAUGAAUUCUUUAAGAAGUACUAUUCUGAUAUUGCUGGUCCAGAAUAUGCAAAAAAAUACAAAACUUUGAUUUACCUUGCUGGCUCUGCAUCUGCUGAAUUAAUUGCUGAUGUUGCCCUCUGCCCCUUUGAGGCUGUGAAGGUUCGUGUCCAAACUCAGCCUGGGUUUGCUAGAGGUUUGUCAGAUGGCCUUCCCAAAUUUGUCAAGUCUGAAGGUGCUCUUGGGCUAUACAAAGGGCUUGUUCCUCUUUGGGGACGACAGAUUCCAUAUACAAUGAUGAAGUUUGCAUCUUUUGAGACUAUUGUGGAGAACCUGUACAAGUACGCCAUCCCAACCCCGAAGGACCAGUGCAGCAAAUCUUUUCAGCUUGGAGUGAGCUUUGCUGGUGGAUAUGUUGCUGGUGUAUUAUGUGCCAUUGUAUCACAUCCUGCUGAUAACCUAGUCUCUUUUCUGAACAACGCCAAGGGAGCAACUGUCGGCGAUGCUGUGAAGAAGAUAGGAUUGUUGGGUCUGUUUACCCGUGGCCUUCCUCUCCGUAUAGUUAUGAUCGGAACCCUUACCGGAGCCCAGUGGGGUAUCUAUGAUGCUUUCAAAGUUUUUGUUGGACUGCCAACUACUGGUGGUCCAAGUCCUCCUGCGACUUUGCCGGCAAAGAUGUGAAGUUAGAGUUUGAUCAUUGGACAAUUGUGAAAGCAGCAGUUCUCUUGCAAGGCAUUGAGGAUGUUGCUCUAUUUUUUUUAGGCAGAUCAAUAAUAUUAGGAUUGGUGAUAUAUACCUUCCUAGUCCUAGGUGGAAUUUGAUGUGGUGGGUAUUGUAUUCUUUCAUAAUAUCUGUUUUGCAUUCUUUUUUGCUUUUUGUUUUUGUUUUGCAGUUGUAUUUGAUUCUUUAGAGGAUGGUUUUGAUUUCAUCCUCUCUGCUGUGAAACUGUAAUUUGAUAUAUAAUGAUAUUCCAAUCAUGGUUUCUUCACAAUGGGUUCUAUAACAACAAUUGGGCAACAUCUUUAUCUGAUGAGGAGAUCAUAUUGUAAGUCUACAUUAUAAUUUUUGUGAAUUUCAAAAAAUAUAAGAAGUUCCAUAAAUUUGGCACAAUUAUGGUGUUUCCUAACAAUUAUAUUAAGUGAAUACCAUGUAUGAACUUCAUCUAACUACUCUAUUUUUUUCUCCAUUGUCUUCUAUUUCCUCAAUCAACAAGUCUCCAAAUUCGCAGUCCUUUAACGAAUGAAACUGUGGCCCUCCGAGAGUAUGGUGUAUCGUCUUUGGUAAGUAUUCGGAUCACCCUCAACAACCUUAUUGUGACCCACAAGAAAGUUCCAAACAAAUGAAACAAAACUCCGAAUUCACAACCUCGGACGUCAACAACACCCAAUUCCUCGAAUGCCCAGAAUUGUACGACACCAUAGAUGACCCAUUCUUUCUGAGAUCACCACCCCUUCCAUUUUCGUAGUCUCUUUAAGUGUGUAGUCAUGUUGAGAACACAUUAAAAUAGCAUAAUUCUCGUCCACCAAGUUGAUUAAUUUCUUAAUUUCGAUGGCUGUUAAGGCACCGCAAGAGUUUGAUGAUGAAGCCAUGGCGAUGGUUGUGCUACCGAAGUUCUUUGCCAUAGACUUCUCUCCUACAUCUAUAUAUAUAUAUGGUGUUAUGCAUAUAUAUAUGGAAGCUGCUUGAUUGGGUUUGUAUUCUAUUCUCACUGUGAGUGUGAUGGUGCCUUUGCUGGAAUCUCAACUUGGUUUUGCCAAAAAAACAGAAGGUCGAAACGGCACCAUAUUUUAAGGCACGGCAGGGACAACAGGGAGAAAGUCACAGCAGUGACCCUAUCUCCCAUACAAUGCAAUAAAGAAUACAAGGUAAUUAUGUCAAAUUUGUAAGAUUUAUUUUACAUAUAUAAUAAUUACAUUUCCAGUUUCAAACUUCCAUAUAGUUUCUUGUUGCCAACUUUGCACCAUGUGUGUUUAGGAUCGAAUCAGAAUUGUCUAGAGUGAUUGUUCAUAGAGUGAGUUAGGCUUUGAAAGUUGAAAGGUAAAAUAAUUAUUAUACUCUUAGCUUUGAUAUAAUUAAAUCUUAGUCAUCUAAAGAAUCACCAUAAGAAAAAUCACUCUAAAAGAUCCCCAUUGUUUAAGACUUGCUUAACUCAUUAUUUGCCCAUACUUUAUCCACUUUGAGAAUCUAACGCUGUGUUUAGUUGGGGAAUUUAGAAAGGGAUUUGAAAACGGAAAGAGAAAAUGUAAGUAAAAUGAGAAUAAAAUAUAUCUAUAUUUCACCUAGUUUCACACACCUUUUCCCUUUCUAUUUCUAAAUCCCUUCCCAAAUCCUCCAACCAAUCACAACAUAAAUGCACCAAAAAAAUAUUGCUAGAUGCCUCAUCUUUUAUAAUUUUUUUGAUACCACUUUCUCCAAAUCAAACUAUCUAGAGAGACAACCCUCAUCUCGAUUACCCCCACCACCUUAAGCAGCCACCCCUUUCAGCUGACACACCUCCCCCAAUUGUGUAAUUCCCCAACCCCCUUUAUUCCAUGCCCCUUCUGGCCACCACCCCUUUCCACAAAACCUUAGAUUUGCAAGACUCUCUCUAUCCCCUUUUAUCCACCGGUGAUGGAGGGUGGUGGAGAGGGGGGGAAGGGGGUCAUCAAGAAGGGAAAGGAAGUGGUGAGAGGGGCAAAGAGAGGGAAGGAGAGGGUGUGGCAAAGGUGGCCUCAAUGAACUGGGUGGGUGACGGUGAAGUGGAAAUUAAUUUGGACAUUCAAAAAAUCAACAAAAUUUAAAUUUAAAAUUAGAGUAUACAAAGGAAUGGGGGUGUUCAAGUGCAUUUACAGAGUCCUGUCCACUCUCAAAUAAUGGAUUCAGAGCAAUUUAUAACCAAAAUAUGCCCUGAAAGGCCAUAGAAAUUUGUCAGUCCCUAUGACCAACUUCAAGAACAUGAAUUAAAAUGUACCCGUAUUGUAGUCCAUGGUACCUUUAAACAUGCCAUUUUCUAUUUCACUUUCAACAAGAGGCAACUACAAGUUCUAGUCUAACUCAAGAA